AUUCUUCCUCAUUCUCUCCCUUUUUAAAGAAGCACAACGCCUCCCGUGCAUCCAAAUCCAUUCCACGAUUUUCUUCCCUGCUCGCUUCAUUAUCCCAGAAAUGGCCUUCUUCUCUUCCUCUUCCGCUGAAACCAACCUUGCCACCGCCAAGACGUUCUUUUCAACGGCCGCCUCCGUCGUGGCCACCGCAAUGCUUGUCCGAUCAGUGGCGCGGGACUUCUUGCCCGCUGAAAUUCAGGACUAUUUCUUCGGCGGUAUCCGUGGAAUCUUUCAUCGAUUCUCUUCUCAACUUACCAUCGUCAUCGACGAGUUCGAUGGUCUCGUGAGCAACCGAAUCUACGACGCGGCACACACUUACUUGGGCAAAAAAAUCUCCCCCUCCACGCGUAGACUCAAAGUUAGCAAGCCUGAUGUUGAGAAGGGCUUCGCGAUCACCGUGGAACGCGACGAGGUCAUCGAAGACGUGUUCGAUGGCGUCAAAUUCAAAUGGGUCUUUAUAUGCAGGGAGGUUGAGUCUUUUCGCAAUCCGAGAGACUUGAAUUCGACGCUGCGGUCUGAAGUCCGAUCUUUGGAAUUGAGUUUCCACAAGAAGCACAAGGAGUUGGUGUUAACGUCGUACCUUCCCUUUAUUAUGCAAGAAGCGCAAUUAAUGAAGCAAGAAGCGAGGGCCCUGAGGAUCUUUACGGUGGACUACGAGGGUAUGUACGGGAAUCUGAACGACGCGUGGAUCCCAACGAACCUGGACCAUCCGGCAACGUUUGAGACGGUGGCAUUGGACCCGGAAAUCAAUAAAUUCGUGCUGGAGGAUCUGGAGAGGUUUGUGAGGAGGAAAGAAUAUUACAGGAAGGUAGGGAAGGCGUGGAAGAGAGGGUAUUUGCUGUAUGGGCCACCUGGAACUGGGAAAUCGAGCUUGAUCGCUGCAAUGGCCAAUUACUUGCAUUUUGACAUAUACGACUUGGAGCUGACGGAACUAAGAUGCAACUCGGAGCUCCGACGGUUACUGAUUGCUAUGGCAAAUCGGUCCAUUCUAGUUGUGGAAGACAUUGACUGCACCAUUGAGCUCCAGAAUCGCAUGGCAGAAUCAACGGCCGCUUCAGGAUCUGGAUCCUCACAACCACAGCAGGUGACACUGUCGGGGCUAUUGAACUUCAUUGACGGGCUGUGGUCAAGCUGUGGGGACGAGAGGAUUAUAGUGUUCACAACCAACCACAAAGAGAAGCUUGACCCUGCAUUGCUGCGUCCCGGUCGUAUGGACGUUCACAUCCACAUGUCCUACUGCACUCCCUCUGUGUUUAGGCAGCUUGCUUCUAAUUACCUUGGACUUAAGCACCACUCUCUUUUCUCUCAAGUCGAAGAAGCCAUUCUUGCCACCCACGUCACUCCUGCUGAAGUGGCUGAGCAACUCUUGAAGAGCAGCGAUCAUCACUCUCUUCUUCAAGACCUUCUGCACUUUCUUGCGCAGAAAAAGAUGGAGAAUGAAGAGCUUGAGGCUAAAAAGAAGGAAGAAGAACUUCUGUCGAAUGAUAAAGAAAAGCAACCAGCUGAUGAUCACGACAAACUAGUGGAUAAGGACAAAAGAGAAAGGGAUGUAGCAGUUCAGCAAACCAUUGAACUAUGAGCUUGUAUUUUUUAUUGAGUAGGUCCUGGAUUUCUCUUUAAUGGAGGGAGGGGACGGAGUGUUGUUUAACAAACCGAUCGAAGCCAGAUUAAUUGAUGGCAUAGGGAAAGAGGACCUUUUUUUCGAAUUCUGCUGUAUAUCAAACUUGAUUUUCCCUUGUAUCAAAGCAGGCGAGUUUCUUGUAUAUCGUGUCAGAGUACAAGCAAAAUUCGGUCAAAGUUCAAGAUCCUCGUGCUUCUACUUUUUUCCCUCUAUCAGCGCGAUCAUUUUGUGCUGAUUUAUUAGGGUGGAUGGUAAAUUCUGGGUUUUCUUGCGAGCAUA